CUUAUUUACUGGUGUCUCCUGGAUACCCUUUUAUCCUCCUGGCCCUAGCGCCUUAACUUGUGUCCUUCAAGAUGAGAAGCAUAUCAAAGCAGACUGUACUGUAUUGUCUUCUGAUGCUCUGUUUGUUUUAUGACUAUGGACUGACAUUAAGUCCACCCUAUAAUCUACACUGGACUAUUAAUGGAGCCUCUGUUCGCCUCACCUGGAAGCACUCUCAUGGAGAUGAACCACUCGAUGGAUACUAUGUGUCUGUGCAAACACAAAACUCUAAGAAAAAGCUGCAAGCUCCAGAUUUUGUUCACGUCCCCGAAGGUGUGCAUUCAACGGAUUUACAAGGACUUUGGCCUGAUGCUACCUACAAAGUGAAAGUAGUUGCAUUCACGAAUGCUGAUCACUCUGAGAGCUCUGCAAUUACAAUAAAAACGAGCGGUCUCGAGUUACUAAAGGCACGAAAUCUCAACGUAUCUGAUAUAGACACUACCAAAGCUUUGUUUCGAUGGGAGCACGAUGCAAAACACACCAUUCACGAUACACAGUUCAAGUUGUUAUGCCGUGGAGUCAGGCAGUAUCUGGAUAACUCCAAUAAACUUAUCGAAGAGGGGGAUGAUUUUGAAUAUUCAGUUUAUGCUUCAUCACAAGGAACGGAGAAGUAUUUUGCGAACACAUUGGAGUCAAAUACAAAGUACACAUGUCACAUCACUACCAUUGCUGAGACUGUGGAAAGUCCACCAACUCCCAAUGUGAUCUUCAAUACUGCCUAUGGAAUCCCAUUACCUCCACCCCAACCCAAGGUCACUGUUAACAAUAACUCCAGCUUCACAGUUAAUCUGUAUUAUGCGUUGGAACGAUUUGGUCCAAUUAGUCACUACAAGGUAUUUGCAGUACCUGUGAGGAAAGAAAUUGACCCCAUUACAUCAGGUCACCAUUUUGUGCCUGUUGUUCCAUCUUCCAAGCUUCUCACACAAUCGGUCCAACCUCAGUCCAUCAGUAAAGAUUCGGACCCUGCCCCACUCUUAGUAGGAACGUAUGCCCUCAAACUGCUACCAAGGACUAUUGUAUUCAAUGGACAAGACAUGAGGAUCUCAUUUGUGCCCAACACCCACUAUUCGUUCGUUACAGCUGUCUUCACACAAUCUAUGACUGAGGGACUGGAAGGGUUGCACUCUUUCAGUGCACUGGCAAAUCCUCCAGUUUUCAUUAGUAAAGAUUUACAGGAAGAUUGGAUUCAGCUACAUCGACCAGUGGCUGCGCAUUUCGCGAUAAUCGUCACCUGUACUCUAGUCAGUACAAUCCUCCUCUUCAUGGCAGCUUUCUUGAGUUUCUUUGCGGCAAAUUAUUACCAGGGGAAGAAGAGAGAUGCUUUCUUCUUCACUGUCAGAGAUGGAGGAGACUCGAGUGAAGAUGAAAUCUACUCAAAAGCAACUAAGAGUUUCAGGCCAUCUCGUCCCCCCUCUCCCACUGGAUCCGAGGCUGCUCCCUUGCUCACACUCUCACCAGCCUCUCACACUCACGUGCCAGGUUGUGAUGUACCUGGAGUGUCCAAUAGCCCUGCUCAUGUCCCUACUACCAGCAUACACAACAGUCCUACCACACAAGAGCCUAGGACGAUAUCCCAGACCCCUGUGACAAUGCAGAAUGUACGGGAUUACUUGGCCACUAAAGAAACUGGUAGUGCUGUUCAACCGACCUCUCACAGUGACUCCUCUAUGCCUGAACUGCAUGUGUAUGCACCGCCGCCUGAUAAGCCCACAUCUAGCAGUGCUACCACAAGCUUAACCACACCUCAAACAGCACCCGCUAGAAGGUUGAGUCUAAGUCCUACUGAACUCAAUAAGUACAGACGAGUAAGUGUGCGGAAGCGUUCUUGUCUUCCAACCGACUUUGGAUCCGGUCAACUUCAAGAAGUUCCUAGUGACGAAGAAGAAGAUUCCUCUUACUGUCUUAGCUAAUAACACAGCAAUAUCGUAUAAUGUAGCAUCGCUAAAUUUGUGUCCCAAUAUAGUGGUAUUUAGCAGUAUCUGUGCUAAUCUGUACACACAUUUCUCUAAUUAAGUGAACACAAUACAUUGAAUUUCACUUGAA